UUCAAAUUACCCGCCUCUCAAAACAGGAAGUUGAGAUUACGACAGUCGCAAGGAAGACGCCAUGACAGAGAACGACAACCAGACAACAGAAACGAUUAUUUUUGACGGAUUUGACACAGAUACUGAGGGUGAUGAAGACAUUCACUUAUGUAAAAAGUGUAAACUUGUUUUUACAAACUUAAGUGACUAUCUCCAACACAAGGUGAAACAUGACAACUACAAAGUCAAGCUCUCCAGAACCAGCGACAGGCGCAUGGUGGUUCCUCAACUCAUCCAGAAACCAGAGAAAACAAAACCAGAAAAGGGCAGUGAAAAAGAAAACAUUCAACAAAAGAAAAGAGCAAAGAAGAAAUUUAAUGAACCAGUUAAUCCUGAAUUAGUGAUAACAGAAAGACAAUCUUACUGGUGUCCAAAAUGCGACAUAAAAUUUAACAGGGAGGCCACAUUAAGGAGACAUGUAGAAUAUGUGCAUGAUCAGUCUGGGGAGUACACCACUUCUAUGGGGGAUGGCUCUGAUGGGGAGGAGAAGAGGGAGGCUGAGGAAGAGAAUAAACCAGAUGUCCAAGAGGACUCAGACCCCACCGAUGCAGAUUUCAAUAUCAAGGAGGAGCUUCGUGUGACACUCAAAAGCAGCACAAAAGAAGUACAAGUGGAACACAUCCCUCUCCAAACUGCAGACAAGGGAGACCGGCCUUAUGCAUGCAGUAUAUGUGGUAACAGAUUUAAAGAGGCACCUGUGUUAAGGGCUCACUUGCUGACUCACUCAUCCACAAGAGAUUUUCCUUGUACCAUAGAGGGAUGUAACUAUGCAUUCAAAACCAAAGGGUCCUUAAAGAGACACAUGAGGCGACACACAGGUGAACGCCCAUUUAAGUGUGAUGAAUGUGGAAGAACUUUUACAGAAUCUGGAGCACUUACAAGACAUUUAAAAUCAAGAAUACCAUGUAAGCAGAAAUCAGACCUUGAUUUGCCAAGAUAUGGAAAGAGGUGGUCUGCUAAUGCUAUGUAUGGACCUCAAGCAAAAGUGGAGACUAGAGUAGUGCCAGAGAAGGAGGACCAGGAACAAGAGGAUGCUGUUAAGGAUAUGGAGACAGAGUGUGCAGUGGCAGAGGUUAUUGCAUCCAAUGAGAAUGGGGAGGUAGGGGUUACAGUGGAGGAAAUCAGUAUGGAUGGGGUAACCAUAUCUACAGAUAACAUCCUAGAAGAAGAAAUCAUCAACCCAACUCAGUGCAAAGUCUGUAAGGAGGACUUUCUGUCCUGUGAUAUUUUGAAGAUUCACCUUAGAGCCCACCUGGCAGACAUACCUUUCAGGUGUGGUAUGUGUCAUUUUGUGGCCGAGAGUCGCAGUCAGCUCAGUGAUCAUAUGACCUCAUUGCAUCAGAAUCAACUGAAGGGAUCAGAACUCAUCAGUCAGAUUCCAGAAGGAACUUCAGAGACCAAUCAAGACCAAAGCAGGAUUGCUCGUAUUGCUGUAAAUCAGUUGUUAGAACUUCCGUCCAGCCUGGAGGUGGAUGAACCUGAACCCUCCAUUCACAGAGCCAGAAACAUCUACAAAUGCCCUGUGUGUGCCCGGGCUGUAAAGAGUCAGAAUUAUCUCAGGCUUCACAUGAAAUCCCAUAUGGGUGAUAGACCCCACAAGUGUUCCCAUUGUCAGAAGAGCUUCAUCACUAAGGAUACGUUGUCCAAACAUCUCAGUGUCCACAAUGAAUCCAGGAACUUUAAAUGUGGCCAGUGUGGAAAACUAUUCAAGAGGAUAUCCCAUGUCAGAGAACAUCUCAAAAUCCAUUCUAUUGACCGACCAUUUAUGUGUACUGUGUGCCACAAAGCAUUUAAAACCAAUAAUGCCAUGAAGGUUCAUCUGAGAACUCACACCACCAUUCUGCCGUAUGUUUGUCCAUAUUGUCGUCGGAGAUUCAGGGAGAAAGGGUCCCUGCUUCGACAUCAGCGAAUGCACACGGGGGAACGUCCAUUUAAAUGCCCACAUUGUCACAGAGCAUUUGCUGAACAUGGAACUUUGAAUCGCCACUUAAAGGCUAAAGUACCCUGCAACCGACAACUUCAGGAGGCUCGAGACAAAGAAAAGAAGGAGUUCACUGUAUUGGCCGAGUUCUCCUCUGUUGUGGCAGACACCCAGCAGUAUAUUGUAGACGAGGAUUCAACACAAGAACAAUCACAAGAGGAUGAAGCCACAGAGUAUGUUGUGGUCCAGACAGGGCUUAGUGCAGAAGACUUACAAAAUGUAGAGAUUAUCACCGAAGGAGAGGUGGAUCAAAACUUUCUGGAGGGUGUUCAAGUAACGGAUGACUAUGUUGUCAUCACUGAUUCGGGAGAUAAUAUGAAGAUUCUGAACUCUAAGACAGGAGAAACACUUGCAAUGAUGCCCAUCUCCACAAUUGAUGAUGGAGGUCAAAUAGUGACUUUACCUGUAUCAGACAAUCAUAUAGAGGCUGUAGCCAUGGCACCAUCUUCUGUGGGAGAAAUUGAGACUGUUACCAUUGACCACUCAGAUAUAAACAAAAUCGAGGCUGUGGCCAUGAAUCCAGCAGCAAUGCCUGAUAAUCAGGAUGUGGAGGAACUGGAAACUAUAACAUUGCUGACCUCAUCAGGGGAGGAUAUGAGGGGGGAUGGUUAUGUUGGAGGAGAGAUGGGAACAGAGUCGGUAGACCCAGCUCAUGCUGAGGUGACAUCCAUCAAUGAAAUUGAAGCAGUGGCAAUGGCACCAGAUGCUGACAUUGGUGAUACAUUACAUCAAGCCAUGAUGGCUGCAAGUGUGGCAGAUGACCAUGUACAUGUAUAAUCAAGGACAAUUGUUCUGUAUUGACCUGUAUUUUCACUUAUGAAUAAUGUCCCAUUAUUCAUUGUUUUUAAAAAACCAAUAUUUGGUUACUUUAACAGUAUAUUUAUUAAAUUUUAUUAAAGCAUAAA